GGUAUUUAAAGGCUGACAGCCCCCUCUGAGCUACAGUUCUCCGUCAGAUUCACAGCAGGAACAUGACAGAUGUGGACAUAACAUUUACUAAUGAGAACGCUGAAAAAUCUGUGCCGAAAGAUGCAGUUUCUCCAUCAGAUGAAAUCACUUACUCGGAAGUCACAUUUAAAAAGAAAAUACAGCCAGCCAAUGUUCAACAAGCUGGAAGGACCAGGAAGUCCAAGGUUUCUCCAGAGCAGCUGGUCCUGCUGGUCAUCAUCUCUCUCUUGGCAGCUGCUGUUUUUGCUUUGGGAGUUACUGUCUUUUAUCUAAUGAACAAUGAGGUUCUUCACACCCUGAACAAGGAGAAUGAAGAUCUGAGGAGAAAUCUCUCAGAUGAAACGUGUCUGAAGUGUGAAGCAGCCUGGGAGCUACAUGGAGUGAACUGUUAUUAUUUCUCUAACAAUAACUCCACCUGGAAUGAGAGCAGAGAUUCCUGCAUAGGUCAGGGAGGAGACCUGGUGAAGAUCGACAGCAGAGAGGAGCAGAUGUUCCUGGAGAGGAAAAUAAUAGAGAAAAUGACAAAUAAGGACGAUUCGUUCUGGAUUGGACUGACGGACUCAGAGACAGAAGGCAGCUGGGUUUGGGUGGACGGAUCUCCACUGAACAAAAGUUUGAGUUUUUGGGGAGGAAGCGACCCUGAUGGUAAGGGUGGAGGACCAGAAUCAGAGGUGGACUGUGUGAGAACAUUGAAGAUAGGAAACUUUAUCAAGUGGUUCGAUAGAUAUUGUAAAGAUAGACUGAGAAGGAUUUGUGAGAAAACAGCAGAAUCUAAGCUGUGUUUGUGUUUCUGAGGUUCGCUCCAGAAAAAAGCCUCUGAUCUCUGAACAGAAACACAUUUGAUCACGCAUUUAACAUCUUUAAGUUCUUUGACAGAAAUAAGAAAAAUACAAUAAUUUGUUCCAACAGUAAUAAUCAAUAAAAGGUAAGUCCAGAAAAUGGGCUUGGAUCUCUAAA